CUUAUCUGUAAAAACUGCACCAAUUGCCUAUUUUUUAUAUACAUAUAUUUGAAAAUAAUAUUUAAUAUUUUUUACGAAUUUUUUUAUGAUUCUAUCAUUUCGGAGUUACAAUGACGCUAAUUAGUGAAGACGUUGACGUACACAUACGUGACCACUACCAGAAAGAAGAAGAGACGCUGCGACAACUUCUAAAGCUCGAAGAAUUGUUUCGCGAACACCUUGCGCUAACAAAGCGAGAAAUGGUGUCUCAGAAAGACAUUGUAAAUCGCUUAUGGGUACUAUCUCAGCGUUAUGUUAUACUAAUUAGCACCAACGGUUGCUGCAAACACCCGGAGGUGUAUUCUGGACCUACGGAGGAUAUCUUAUUAAGAGAAUAUUCAGACAAACUUCGCCAGCUACGCUCUUCCAAUUGCUGUAUUUCAGAUUUCCUGAAAAAGCUGCGUCAAGAAUGCAUUGUUUUCAAUUCACUGCACAAACUUCUAGAUUUGACAAUGGAGACGCCACUGAUACUAGGUGACACAUUUCACAGGCCACUAGCAUUUUUUAUAGAAUUGGUAGAUGACUUGUUUAAAUAUAUGCACGCCCUAAGUUUAAAAUUGAAGUACCUGAGCCACCAACUAGAUCCGCUGGAUUUGUUAGUUCUUGAGGAAUAUAAAGCAUCACUGGAGCCGUCUGAAGACUUCGAGGAACAUUUACUUACAGGUCUAAGCUAUUGCAAGUUUUUACGUCCAAAGCCGACGUGCCAAUAAUAGGAAAUUGCAAUUGCUAUCUCUCGGCAUCAAAAAAAUUGUAUUCGGACUAUUUCUUUCUUAAGUUCUGUUUACACUCUUAAUUACGGUCAGUAUGUAAACACUAUUCUUUCGUCAUAAAGAUAGUCCACAUAUUUUUGAAACAAAAAUACAGUUUUAUACUAAAAGACCUGUUUAUUCAUCUUCAAGUAUGUAAUUAAUAUCUCAUUGAAGAGCAUUUCAUCCGACAAGAUGGCAUAUAUAGCUGUAAUCAGAAAACAAUACUUAUUAGUACAUUGUAAUGGAGUUUGGAUAAUGUUUGAAAUAACUCACCAACUAAUAAAUGAACAAACGAUCUCUCAUCACAUUCCUUGCUCGACUAGCGAAGUCUUCUAGCUUCACGUUCAGAUUCCAGCAGGGUCAAAA